AUGGCUAAAGUUACUGCUAUUAUUAAAAAACAACAUAAGAAAAGGGUAAGCAAAGCUUGUGAAUGUUGUCGGAAAUCUAAAACUAAAUGUGAUGGUCAAAGGCCAUGUACAAGAUGCUUGCAAGAUAAUAAGAUUUGUACUUACUUGACAAAUAAAAAGAAAGAUGAGAAGGCUUAUAGCUCAAGUUAUGUGGAUAUGUUAGAAACAAGAGUUUCAAUAUUGAUAAAAUCAAUGUCUCAAUUGUUAAAAAUGGCUAAAACUCCAUCUGAAAUCUCACAGUUUAUCAAUGAGCCAAAUAUUUAUAUCAAUGAAGAUGAGUUCAAUAUGAAUAUAGUCAUAUCCACAUUGUUAUCAACUGAAUCAAAUAAGAAGUCACAAAGGCAUCAAAACUCUAACCAUAAAUACUUGAGGUGUAAAAAACCUGACAUUCAGCUCCUUAAAGCUUCUGAUGAUAGUAAUGGAUCAGAUUCUUCAAAUUCAAAUAGGUCAAUUACAUCGAAUUCAGAAAUUUCGAUACCCAGUGAUAGAAAUGAUCAGAAUAAUUACAAAAACCCUUCUGCUUCAUCAUCGUCAGAUUCAUCACUUUCGUUUGAUUAUCCAAGUCAAAAUCCUUCAACUAGUAUGAUAUUCAGUGCUCCUAUAAAUUCCAUACCGUUAUAUUCAGAUUAUAGCAAUCCACCUGGUUCAUCAAUAGUAUCACAACUUUAUUCUAUAAAUCAAAAUGAUCUUUCAAACUAUCCUGAAACACAAGAUUACCCAUUGAACCAGGGCUUCCAAAAGGCUGAGGGUGCGAGCUGUGGAUAUUUACUUGAUGGUACCACUUUUGAUUCAAAAUAUUUUUAUGGCUGUGAUGAAUGUUAUAUUGAGAGGAAAACUGAUGAAACAUCCCAACAGAUUCCUGAGUUCAAUGACAUGCUCUUUUGA